AUGGCUAAAGCAACGAGAUCAAGUGACAGUGAAAGUUCUUCUAACACGAGCCAAGACAAAAAGAAGAGACAAUCCCAGAAAAACUCCGCUAACAGAAACUACGCCCUCUACACUCACAGAGUACUGAAAGAGGUAGUCCCCAACAAAGGUCUGUCAUCCAAAACUGCUGACGUCUUGAACUGCCUGAUCAAUAACAUCCUCGAAAGAAUCGCAGAAGAGGCCUGUAACCUCCUGUGUUACAAAAGACACUUAACCCUUAGCCACCAGGAUAUUCAGAUGGCAGUUUACAGGCUACUACCCAACGAGCUGGCCAAACACGCUGUGGCUUUUGGUACAAGGGCUGUGACAAGUUACAAUGACUCCAGAUCUUCUGCCAGCCUGUGA